AGAAAAAAAAAAACACUCCAACUCUAAACUGAGCCCGCGGUACAAAUACAUUGAAACUCCUGUAGCUGCCUUUUUCGUUCUUUAUACUUUGUAAAACGUGCUCUUUUGUAGUGUAUUCGACAUUGUAAUUGUAUUAAUGCUGAACGCGCUGUUUACAUCUGCCGGUGCAGAGUGAUCACAUGACGUUAACACCGCCCUAUUGUGAGAGCUCUCGCUCUACAGGCAGGCAAUCUGUUCGCUCUGAUUUGUGCAUCUCUGCUUAGGUUGACAGUCCGCUAAUACUCCCUGCUACGCUUUAUUUUUCUAGUUACUACUACCGCCGGCGCCUGCUUUUCACUAUGAAUAUUAAAAACCUUUGGGUCGCGGACCACAGUUUGGGAACCCGUGCUUUAGCCAACUAUACACAAGAUGAAAUAUAUAACGAGUUAUUGUAACUCAGAUGCCUGGAAUACAAGAUUAUAAUAAAUACAGUCGAGAGCGACACCUAGUGGCGAGCCUGGCGCCUCCAGUCUGCUGAGACCGGAGUGUUGUCAAGGUCAUACGACUACUUUGCACUCAUUUUACAGUAGGUAUGGGAUCUGGCAUGAGAGGGCACAUACACACUGCAGGCCGGCGCAUUGUCUUACCACUAAACUGCUCCUUCUCGCCGCCCGCGCCCACGCCCCCUCUGCCCUCUCUCCUUCUAUACGUCAUUGUCGCUGCCUGUUUGUUUUCGCUCGGCUGAUACAGUUACAGUACAUAGUUCACGAAAACAAAACGAUUGGAGACCUUUGUUAUGAAUAUCUACAGUGCUACCGAGGUAGCAGGUAACUUUGGCAAACUCGGCAGAAUUGAAUCUUGACGCUCAGAAACGACAGCGGCAGUGAGAUGGGGCGGCGGAUAGCUGUGAUCGGGGCCGGAGCCACGGGGCUCACCUGCAUUAAGAGCUGUUUGGACGAGGGGCUGGAGCCGGUCUGCUUCGAACGCAGCAAGGACAUCGGGGGGCUCUGGAGGUUCAAGGAGGAAGCGGAGGCUGAGCGAGCCAGUAUCUACCACUCGGUCAUCAUCAACACCUCCAAAGAGAUGAUGUGCUACAGCGACUUCCCCAUUCCUGAUCACUUUCCCAACUACAUGCACAACUCCCGCAUCCUGGAAUACUUCCGCAUGUACGCCCAGCACUUUGACCUGACGCGCCACGUUCGCUUCCAGACCGCAGUGCGCAGUGUGAAGAAGCGUCUGGAUUUCUCCCGCUCGGGACAGUGGGAGGUGGUGAGUGUGAGCAGUGCGGGGCAGGAGCAAUCGGAAACCUUCGACGGGGUGAUGGUCUGCACUGGACACCACACCCACCCCCACAUGCCUCUGCACGACUUCCCAGGGAUCGAGAAGUUCGGAGGGCAGUAUUUCCACAGUCGGGAUUACAAGAGUCCCCAAGAAUUCCAGGGGAAGAGGGUCCUGGUGAUUGGGAUUGGGAAUUCGGGAGGCGACAUUGCUGUGGAGAUGAGCGGAGUCGCAGAGCAGGUGUUCUUGAGCACGAGGCGAGGCUCCUGGGUGCUGAGUCGUGUCUCAGAUAACGGGUUCCCUGUCGAUAUGAUGUACAACACACGCAUCACGGCCCUGCUGAGGAAAUACCUGCCUUCCAGCCUCCUGAACUGGAUCGGGGAGAGGAAGAUCAACACCCGCUUUGACCACAGUCUGUACGGACUCCAGCCCGAGCACAGGCUCUUCAGCCAGCAUCCCAUGGUGAACGACGAUCUCCCAAACCGCAUCCUCUCAGGGAGGGUUCAGGUCAAACCCAACGUGAGCGAGUUCAGGAGUGCGAGUGUGGUGUUCCAGGACGGGAGCGUGGAGGACAGAAUCGACGUGGUGGUCUUCGCCACGGGAUACACCUUCUCCUUCCCCUUCCUCGACGACUCUGUCCUCGCUGUGGCCGACAACCAGGUGUCUCUGUACAAGUACGUGUUCCCUCCUGCCUUGGAGCGCCCCACACUGGCUGUCAUUGGACUCAUCCAGCCUCUAGGAGCCAUCAUGCCCAUCUCGGAGCUGCAGGCGCGGUGGGCAACGCGGGUCUUUGCAGAAUUACAAAAGCUGCCACCGGAGAAAACUAUGCUGAAGGACAUUGAGAAUAAGAAAAAGGCGAUGGCCAAAAGGUACGUGCUGUCCCAGCGCCACACCAUCCAGGUGGACUAUAUCCCCUACAUGGAUGAGCUGGCUGCACAGCUGGGCGUGCGCCCCAGGCUGGGCUGGCUGCUGCUCAGGGACAUGAGGCUGGGUCUGCAGUUGCUGUUGGGACCCUGCACCCCAUACCAGUACCGCCUCUGUGGGCCGGGGCAGUGGGCCGGGGCUCGCCGUGCCAUCCUCACGCAGUGGGACCGCGUCGCCAAGCCGCUGAGAACACGUGUGCUCCCGGAAACACCCCGCCCCUCCACGGUGCCUCUGCUGCUCAAACUGUCUGCUGCCUGCCUGCUGUGCACUGCAGCUUCCCUUUACAUCCACCGCUACCCUCCCCUCUUUAUCCAGAACCCUCCCCCCUUUAUCCAGAGAUUUGUACCCAACUUAGGGUGACCAGAUGUCCUGGUUUUACAGGGACCAUCCCCUUUUCCCAUCAAAUGUCCCAGUGUCCUGAGAUUUUUCUAGUUUGCAAAGGAGCCAGAUAGCGCUCCUUGCGUUAAUUACAUAAAUAGUCAGCAAUCAUAUUAAUGUGUCAUGAAUAAUAUUUUUCAUAUAGGUUAGUGUACUAAAUUAAAAAUGUGCAAAAGCAGCAGUAAAAACAGCAAUCCAUAUGAUUAGAACAUGUAGUUCAACAUGGCCAGGAGCUGGAAAGGGAAGGUGCCGUGGUUGUGCAGCAGACAGAGCUCGUUGUUUUUUUUUAUUUUACUGUGAAAACAGUAACAGUGAUAAAAGCACUAUAUUCAAAUAAGAAGCAUGCUUUAAAAAAGUGUCGUUUUAUAACUAUUCUUAAUCUAUGUGCCCCGGUCCUGAGCUUUGGAAAUCUGGGGACUCUUACCCAGCUAGGCAGAAAAUGCAAUUCAGAACUUUCCAUUGUCUGCUUCAGUUACCGUCCCCGUUACCUCACCCUGACCCGGGACUUUGGUGACCAUCAGCUGUAUUUUGAAUUAACAAAGAGAAAUUGCCAACAUGACAACAUGUUGUAAAAGGUGUCACAUUUUGUAAUUGGUGUUUUGUUAUAAAUUUGAAUAAAUGAUUAUAUUUAACCUCAA